AUGAGACUUCGCGAGGACCUGACGAAUCGUCCUCCUCGCUGGGCUGUGCGUGAGUGUGUCCAGCAUGCGACAUUCACGAAUCUGGUCACCAGUGCCAUGGCUGCAGCGCAUGCUACGGGGAGGCUGGUGUUUUCGAGGGCCGCGGGAAAACUGACUCGCAGCGUGACUCCGAUCCCCACCCAGCGAAUAAUACAACAAGCAGCGUAUCGAAACUCGUUUGGUUUUCGAGGCUUCACAAAUGUGACCGGGAAACACGGGCGAAUGGAUUCACCUGAUGGGGAUCCGAAGCAGCCAUGGAGCGCAAAAUCGUGUGGACAACGGAGAAUAGCGUUUCCGUGCACUCGCGAGCUCUACGGGGGUUUGGAGGGGAAGUUCAGGGGAUGUGCGCAGCGCGGAGUAACGGCUGGUGGAAUCGCGCGACCCGAUUCUGCCGCGGUUGGCGGGACAACGGCUUACGACGGCGAGAUUUACCGGGCGCAAGUCAAGAGGAGCAGCGCAAUUGGUGGCGACGCGAGUGGAGGCGACACGGGGGAAGGCGACACGGAGCUGAUGUUGAGGGGGGUCAGCGAGGAGGAAGGAGAUGGGGAGAAGGAAGUAUUAGCAGAGGACGGAGAAGGCAGAAACGAACGGCUCUAUAACGAGGACAUGUGCAAAUGGCCCGACAAGCUGCGAUUGGCACCUGGACUGUAUCUGGUGGGAACACCUAUCGGCAACUUAGAAGAUGUUACCAUCAGGGCGCUGAGGGUGCUGCGCUGUGCCGACCUCAUUCUAGCAGAGGACACGCGCCGCUCCGUCAAGCUGCUGCGCUUCUACGGCAUCACCACACCCAUGAUGAGCUAUCAUGCCUUCAAUGCCACGGCUCGCCGAGAGGCUCUCAUUGGUCGAAUGCGAUCUGGCCAAUCACUCGCCCUCGUGUCUGACGCAGGCAUGCCGGGCGUCAGCGACCCCGGUGCUGACUUGGUCGCCGCGUGCGCUGAGUCAGCAGUCCCAGUCAGCGUGAUCCCCGGCCCGUCUGCUGCCACCAGUGCGGUUGCGGCUGCUGGCUUUCUCACCAACGGCUUCACCUUCUUGGGGUUCCUCCCAGAGCGGUCGGCAGUGCGGCAGCGUCGGCUGCGGGAAGCAGCGGAGGGGGAGGCGAUGCAGGUGGUGUUUGUGGCGCCGCACAAGCUGCUCUCCUCGCUCUCCCACUGCAUCCACGCCUUUGGCCCGGACCGCCCGUGCCUCGUGGCUCGGGAGCUUACCAAGCUGCACGAAGAGCUGUGGCGAGGGACGCUCUCUGAAGCACUUGUGGAGUUCACGGCUCGUGGGCCAAAAGGGGAAUUCACCCUGGUAAUUGACGGCCUGCCCAGAAGAGACCUGGAUGCAUCACAGCAGACAGGGGAGGAAGAGGUGACAGCUUACCUUGAGAAGCUGAUUCAGGAUGGCACACCCCCCUCCCAGGCUGCGAGGAUGGCUGCAGAAGCUUUGCGAGUGAAGCGCAAGCAGGCCUAUGCCCUUGCUCUCGCCAUUUCCAGUCGCUUGCAGCAAGCACAAGGACAGACAGAAGAGGCAGAAGGACUAGUAGGAGAAGCAGAAAGCAUGAGUUGUUCAGCAGGGGGAGCAGCACAGGGUGAAAGUUGA